AUGGCCGAAUCUGCUGUCGUUGAUACGCCUCCUGUCGCGUCGAACAGUCCCCUAGCCACUGAGGAGGUCGCCGCCUCGGAAGACAAUAGCCUCGUCCCGGCGCAGACGUCAGAGACCGCCGUCGCCGUCACUGACGGUGACGGCGAUGCCACGCAGAAGAAGACCAAAAAAAUCAUUCGUCGCAAACGCAGACCAGCUCGAACGCAGGUAGAUCCAGCUACGAUCAAGUCCGAGCCACCGCCGCAGACAGGUACUGUGUUCAACAUCUGGUACAACAAAUGGUCUGGUGGUGAUCGCGAGGACAAGUAUCUCUCAAAACACGCCGCACCUUCACGAUGCAAUAUCGCUAGAGACAGUGGAUAUACACGGGCAGACAAAGUUUCAGGCUCAUUCUUUUGCUUGUUCUUCGCCCGUGGCGUAUGCCACAAGGGUCAUGAAUGCGAAUAUCUCCAUCGCCUCCCAACAGUGCACGAUCUAUUCAACCCUAACAAUGACUGUUUUGGUAGAGAUAAGUUCAGCGACUACCGAGACGAUAUGGGCGGUGUGGGUUCGUUCACGCGCCAGAACCGUACACUUUACGUUGGACGUAUCCAUGUCACCGAUGACAUUGAGGAAGUUGUCUCGCGUCAUUUCGCCGAAUGGGGCCAGAUCGAACGUAUCCGCGUGCUGACGUCGCGCGGCGUUGCGUUCGUGACCUACACCAACAUCGCGAAUGCCGAGUUCGCUUUGCAGGCCAUGGCCCACCAGAGCCUUGACCACAGCGAGAUCUUAAAUGUCCGUUGGGCAACCGUCGACCCCAAUCCAUUGGCGCAGAAGCGUGAGGCCCGUAGGCUGGAGGAACAAGCCGCUGAGGCCGUCCGGCGUGCUCUCCCCGCUGACUUUGUCGCGGAGCUGGAAGGACGGGACCCAGAGGCUCGGAAGAGAAAGAAGAUAGAGGGGACAUUUGGUUUGGAUGGGUACGAACCGCCAGACGAGGUCUGGUAUGCCAGAUCACGAGAGCUCGAGGGUAUGGAACAACAAGGCCAGCUUGACGCACCGCAUCAACCUCUGAUGAUUGAAUCUACCGCAUCGUCGACCGUGCCGCUUCCCCAGGCCGAGACUGCGGGUGGUAUUUUCUCGAACUCGACGGUUGCAGCCUUGAAAGGCCUGACUGGAGGAAAUGUGACAACACAAGCAGGCCCCAAGAGCGUCGGUGGGCCGUUAGUCGCUUAUGGCAGCGAUGACGACAGCGAUUGA